AUGUCGUUCUCUGCAGGCAACACAACAACGCCAAAUAACGCAACUCAAGACAGGACGACCGAUCUGAUGGCUUUCCCUGGCUUAAUCUUUGUUCUUUCCAUCAUUCUUAUUUUUGUCAUAUUAUUUGGCAAUUCCCUUGUUAUUGCAUCUUACAAGACUAACAGAAGACUAAGAACUCGAACAAAUGCAUUUUUGGUUAGUUUAGCCUUCUCGGAUUUUCUGGUUGGCAGCAUAUCUUUACCCAUGUGGAUUUACGGGAUCAUGUCGCAGCAGAACGUUUCUAUCACUUUUCAAGCCUUUUUUAAAAGUUUUGACGUCUUUUCUGCUCUCGCGUCUAUUUUUCAUCUGACGGCGAUAAGCGCGGAAAGGUACAUCGCAGUUUCUCGGCCGUUUUAUUAUCAACGCUUGCCGUUGUCCUUUCAUCGAUCGUUGAUUGCGUCAGCCUGGUGCUUCGCUGGCUUUUUAGCCUCGUUGUCUUACAUUACACUCAUUAAAAACAGCUGGAGUAGUCAAGUCUACGCCGUGGUGUUGUCCAUCUGCGGCUUGGCUGUUCCCACCGCCAUCAUUGCGCGCAUGUACAUUGGGGUGUUCUUAGUCGCGCGAUCUCUGUUGCAACGUAACCCAGCUCACGCUGCGAGAAGGCAAAGCGUAACAAGCCUGAAGCGAUACUAUCAAGGGGAGAGGAAAGUCGCAAUCACUGUUGGCCUCAUAACAUGUUUGUUUCUCGCUGCAUGGCUGCCUUUCUUUGUUGUGUCAGUGACAGCUGCUUUUUGCAUUCACUGCCUCCCUUCUUCCCAUGACUCCCUCUACAAAAUCAUCGUCAUAGUGAAGAGUGUGCAUUACAUGAACAGCGCUGUCAACCCACUCGUGUAUGCGCGCCGUGAUCCCGAAAUGAGACAAACAUUUUUAAGGCUGCUCGGAUUACACAGCGGUAUUUGCCGAUUAUAUGGCGAAAAGAAUCGUCCAGAAGGACUCCCCAUGCGAGUGAGGUGA